AUUUCCCCUCUCUCUCUCUUCUCUCUCUCUCUUCGUCGGGGACUAGGGUUUGCUCCGAAUCCCCUCCGCGGCGCGAUCGGAUCCGACCGAUCGAUCGAUCGCGUCCUUCUCCUCCGCCAAUGCGACGGGAUUUCGCGUGAUCGGGGGAGGAAUCGAUCGCGAAAUCCGGAGAAUCCGCCAUGGCGUACCAGGGGAAGAAGCUCGUCAACGAUCCCAAUGAUGUCGUGACUGAGUUCAUUGAGGGCUUGGUGGAGACGUAUCCACGUUUGCAAUACUUGGAUGGCUUUCCGCAGAUUAAGGUUGUCUUGCGUGCUGACGUGUCGACCAGGACGUAUGAGAAGGUUGCGGUCAUAUCAGGAGGUGGAAGUGGUCAUGAGCCUGCUCAUGCUGGAUUUGUUGGGCCAGGGAUGUUGACAGCAGCCGUCUCCGGAGAUAUUUUCACAUCUCCACUUGCUGAUUCUAUUUUAGCUGCUAUUCGAGCUGUAACAGGUCCUAAAGGAUGCCUUCUGAUUGUCAUGAACUACACCGGUGAUCGGCUCAAUUUUGGUUUGGCAGCUGAGCAAGCAAAAUCUGAAGGCUAUGAUGUGGAGAUGGUUAUUGUGGGGGAUGACUGUGCUCUGCCGCCACCACAUGGCAUAGCUGGGAGAAGAGGUCUGGCUGGAACUGUGCUUGUUAACAAGGUUGCUGGGGCUGCUGCUGACGCUGGCUUAUCACUUGCUGAUGUUGCUGCAGAAGCAAAGCAUGCAUCCGAAAUGGUGGGAACAAUGGGUGUUGCUUUGUCAGUGUGCACAUUGCCUGGCCAGGUUACUUCGGAUUAUCUAGGUCCAGAACUGAUGGAGCUUGGUCUUGGAAUCCAUGGGGAACCAGGCGCUGCUUUUGUUGAGCUCCAACCUGUUGAUGUAAUUGUAUCUCAUGUUCUCAAGCAGAUAUUGUCACAGGAAACUCAGUAUGUUCCUAUUACAAGAGGAAGCAGAGUGGUUCUCAUGAUUAACGGAUUGGGUUCUACUCCGCUGAUGGAGCUAAUGAUUGCAGCCAGAAAGGCAAUUCCUGAGCUGCAGCUGGAACAUGGAGUUGCUGUUGACAGAGUUUACACUGGCACAUUUAUGACCUCACUUGAUAUGGCUGGAUUUUCUAUAUCUAUUAUGAAGUCAGAUGAGGAUAUUUUGCAGCGUCUAGAUGCCCCAACGAAGGCUCCAUAUUGGCCUGUUGGUGUCGAAGGAGAUCGCCCACCUGCAAAAAUUGCAGAAAUUCCUGUUCCAGUUCCUGCAUCUGGUUCCACAAGGAGUGACCGUGACAAGGAUAACUUGAUUCCCCUGUACAGAGACCGAAUGGUAUACUGCUUUACUUGCAAACUCGAAAAUAACAGCAAGCGGCUAUACUUCCCUAUCAAUUCAUUCGAGGACCAUAAUAAAAUCCAUAGAAAUUUGACGUAUAAGUGCACCAAAUGCCUGAAUAAAUUUAGGGCAGAGGGGACAUUGGAGAUCCAUAAGGAUCUAUACCAUAGGUAAGAUUUUUUUUUUUUUU